AAAGCGCUCGGCAGGCAGCUCGGCACGAAGCGACGAGCCAGUAUAUACUCAACUGUCGUGGUGGGAGGACGUUAGACCGCCGCGCAGUGCAACCCCCUUGAGUGCAAUUGAAAACCCGCUCGAGCUGUAAAGGCAUUUAACGCGAGUGAUUUUCAGGGGAACGCGAGUUUGUGUGGAUUACUCUUAUCUAGUCAGCUGAGGAUUACCUUUGCUCCAUCUUCAAGACUUCUAUCAUGUACCUGAGGAGGUGAGAGGCCAGCAUGCUGAGUGAAGGUCGUCGGGAGGGGCUUCGUCUGGCCCUGAACCGGUCGCUGAGUGAGCCAGGGGAGGCGAGUGGCGAGGCGGCCGUGCGCUGUCCAGUUUCGCUGCCGCAUCUGAUGGCGCCGCAGGUAGUCAGCAUGCCAGCGUCGCCGUGCGGGGAGAGCGCCACCAUCCAGAGGUCCCUGCUGCUGAGGCGUGCCCGCGCCCUGCAGCCCGCCGAGGUGGCGCGCAAGCUCACCAAAACCAAGCCCCGGAACUUCCUUCUGGUGGACCUCCGGCCGUUCAUCAGCUACAACCUCAGGCACGUCCGCAGCGCCAUCAACCUCAACUGCUCGGACAGAUUCAACCGUAAGCGGCUACAACUGCGUCGCGCCUCCGUCGUGGACCUGGCGGUGUCGCCGUCCGGCCGCGACCUGUUGAAGAAGCGGUGCUACAAGGAGAUAAUCGUGUACGACGACGCCACCACCGACCUGGAGGCGCUGCCGCCCACGCACCCCGUCUACCUCGUCCUCACGGCGCUGCUGGAGGACAACAGGGAGCCGCUGCUCCUCAAGGGUGGCUUCCAGGCCUUCGAGCGCGCCUACCCCGAGCUCUGCGAGGACGCGCUCAUGCGGACGAGGGACGAAGUAGUCGACACGCACCUCGUCCCCGCCUACGACUCCUACAACAACUGCGUCAGCGUCGGCAUGGGCGUGGGCGUGGGCGGCAUGCCAUCCUCCCCGGGCAACGAGGCGGCCAUCGAGCAGGCACAGGCGUCGGAGGUCCUCCCCUUCCUCUAUAUCGGCAACGCCCGCGACGCCCAGGACCUGAGGGUGUUACAGGCUCUCGGCAUCACGCGGGUCCUCAACGUCACCUCCCAUGUGCCCGGCUAUCACCAAGACUCCGGCAUUUGCUACAAGACGCUGCCGGCCAUGGACUCGGGCCACCAAAACCUCAGGCAGUACUUCGACGAGGCCAUCCACUUCAUCGACGAGGCGCGACAAUCAGGGGCCCGCGUCCUGGUCCACUGUCAGGCCGGCGUGUCUCGCUCCCCCACCAUCGUCAUCGCCUACUUGAUGAAACACACGCGCAUGACCAUGGUGGACUCCUACAAGUACGUCAAGGCUCGCAGGCUCAUCAUCUCUCCGAACCUCAACUUCAUGGGCCAGCUGGUGGAGUGGGAGACGGCCCUGCAGGCCAACAAAACGGAGGCAGACUGCAAGCCGUGCCAUCAAUGCCAAUGGCAGCGGCAGGAGGUGAAGAAGGUCCCCAACGCGUGCCAUGUAUGACAGUCGCCAACGGGAAGCGGCUCCGCGGGGUCAGACUGGGGCAGCUUGAGUCACGGGGACGGGGAGGCGCCCGGCGGAGCGGCGUCUGGCGGGAGGCUGGAUGGCUGUGGCUGCUGGAUCAUUCCUGAGGGAGGAGAUGCUCUCCUCACCCCUCCCCAGGUGCCCCCCUGUGCCGCCGCUACCCAGCAUCUCACCUCCCUCGCCCAGCAGCUCCACAGCAGCCUCCACUCGCACCCGCUCACCAGGCUCCUCCUGGAUGACCUGGACGUCGAUCUGGAGGGCGAGCAAAGCCUCCCGGCGGGGGAGGUGGGCCUCGCCGCUGCGCCGCGAGACCUGCACAGCCAGGGCGUCAUGUGCAACUCCGGUGACGUGAGACUCCAAGGCGCGAAGAGAUGCGAAUUCGGAGAGACCCGGUUUGAGGACGCUUCGGGAGAGACGGAAGGCGCCAACCUGGCCAAGAGGAUGCGCACCGAGCAGGCAGUCCUGAGUCUGUAGAACCUGGUGAACAUGGACGACAGGAGACAGCGGGUCCGUGUGUGUGUGUGUGUGUGUGAGUGUGUGUGUGUGUAUGUGUGUGUGUGCGCGCGCGCCACUCGGAGGCCUCACUGACUGGCUCGAGCAGGUUGUCGGCGAAGUCAAGCGUCUGGUUCCCUAGACAAGUUCGGAGCAUCACAAACACAAAGAAAAGCAAGAACCUCUCAUCUCUUGGACUUCCAACACGCAACACUUACUCUUCAUGUUCCCCACAUUGUUGUUACGAACGUGUAGGAAAUGAAUGUUUUUAUCACUGAAGGUUGUGAAUAACAGUCAAAACAAAGUUUCCAUCUUCCCUCUUCAUCAAAAAGUGUCACGUGUAUUUGUUCCAUUAUAGCAUAAGAGAAACUGUUCAGGAACACGUAACGUUGGUCUCAGGAGCGACUCGGUGAAUGGAUGAACGUUUGUCAUGGGGAGCGGCAGCGCACGGAGGCGAAACUCUCUCCCUCAGGGCGGGCAGCUGUUCCUGACGCGGCAGUUCUGACAGCGCAGUAUUAGUACAUUAACAAAAAAUUAAAAAAGAAAAAAAAGUAAAAUAAAACCUUGCCUUAACUAGCUUGUUGGACUCUUAGCGAUUCAAGUUACUCGACUACUACUAGUUGUUUGUAACCCUGUUUGUCUUAGGUGACAAUUCUGCAUUGCCUUAUCGAGAGCCUUCUUCUCAUAGUUUCCGACAAAGUUACGAUGUGAUAGUCUCCCUGAGCCUGGUAGCUUUGGGUGGUGAUGCCCCGGGCCAGUUCCUCGCCCCCUCCCUCCCUCCUGGGCGCCAGCAUCGUGGUGGCUGCAGCUCGUCCCACUGACACUCAGCAUCCUCAGAUGACAGGAGAGGGAGCCGUCAGCACCGUCAGCGCACCCUCGCCCUCGCCAGGGUCUUGAGGUGCGAGGCAGGAGGACAAGGGCCGUUCUCGCAGCUCGGAACUUGCCGGCAGCCAGGUGAAGCAAGGCGGAUCAGGGGAUAGUUUAUUUGUGACAGUAAACUAUUGCCCUCUGGAUGCGUUAUUGCUGUCUCUCCCCGAAGACACGCGUGGCACCACCGAGAAGACGCUCACCCUUGUUCUGCCCGGUGAGGAAAGACUCGGACGAGGAGGGGCGUCACCAAAGGAUUAGUGGUCUCCACCGUCACCACGCCUCGGGAAACAGCAGCAGCAGCAGCAGCACUAACAGGAGCAGCAGCGGCGGCAACGAGGAUUAGGGCGGGCGGGGUCUUGUACUUACGAUGCCUUUACUUAUUCAGGACGAUUUGUAAGGGAUCCAAUGUAUUUACCAUAGUGUGAGUGAGUGUGUCCCGAGCAGCAGCAGCAGUCAGUGGGUGGAGUGUCCCGAAACAUUUUGUUAUGUACCAGUAGCGUGUAGGACGAGUUGUGGACGGCCCGACGAGGCCGCCCUCCCCAGGUCCCCACACACUCAUGAAGCAGACACUAGGCCCCCCCACCCCCAGCCCCCCUCUCUCUCUCUCUCUCUCUCUCUCUCUCUCUCUCUCUCUCUCUCUCUCGGCAGACCGUUCUUCUGUAGAGACCUGUAUGCCUUGUUGAUCUAUAAAGUCUGUCUCUUUAAAUAUAUAUAUAUAUAUAUAUAUAUAUAUAUAUAUAUAUAUAUAUAUAUAUAUAUAUAUAUAUAUAUAUAUAUAUAUAUAUAUAUAUACACACCAUCUUGGAAUUGAAAAUUCUUAUUUAUGAUACUUAGAAAGAUUUAGUACAAAUGAUAAAUAUUUACAUUAGUUUUUAGUCUGCAGUAAAUACAUUUUUAACGUUAUACUGUGCCACUCGAAUUAUCUUUUAAACCCCUAGAAGCGAGGCCGAGGAGAGUGUCUGUCUGUCUGUCUGUCUGUCUGUCUGUCGGGUGGGCCGCCCGGCUGCCCGAGGAGAGGGUCGGCGUUUUAUUAGAUGAAAACGAAAAAAAAUUCUAGUCUUGUAUAAUUAGGAUUACUUAUUUUUUAUCCAGUCGAUUAUAUUUAUUACACAUGAUUUCAUUCGAAUCAUGAUUAUUUAUUAAAUAGGACAUAUUACAGAUUAAGCUUUAUAUAUCUACCCCAUUAGUGAAGGAAAGUAAACAAAAUAAAUGUUCAUACACAAA